GGGAGACAGAAAGAGAAAGAGAAUAAAUUAGGAAAAACUAUUUUACUAAUUAUUAAGAAAUUUUUGAAGAUGAUACGUCCAAAAUAAGUAGGUACAAGGUUGCAAUUGCCAUUCGGAUGGUAGGGAGAUAUCGAAGAUCAGCGAAUCGAUAUAAAAGAAGAACGAAUACUAAAGCGGCGCCAGUUUUAUUAACUUUCUUUUAGGUAUCACAUGGAAAAGUAAAUUUCAUUUAGCGAUACUCAUCAUACACGGAUCUAUCGAAUAUAGAUUUUUGCAGAUUUACAUAAUAAAAAACAAAAGAGAUGCUCAUCGGAUCAUUAAUAUUAAUUACUAUUAUUUUUUCAACAAACGGACUUCCUUAUUCACUUCAAACCGAAACUUCUCAAACAGCACAUCGAAAUUUUGAACAACAGGGAUCAAUCAUAUUUCAAAAUUCCGAACAAGUUACAUUUAAACCAUUCGAACAACAAAAAGUAAUAUUUCAACCAGAAGAAAAAGAUAAAAUAUUUCAAAGUUCUGAACAGGAAAAAACAUUAUUAUUCGAAAAUAUUCAACAAAAUUACGAACGAGAAGAAAUCGACAAAAAUUAUUUUAUACCCGAUGGCGCAAAAUUUGCAAAACAACAAAAUGAUUUUACAAUUAGUUGCAUCGAACCAAAUAGAAUGUGCAUCAACAAAAAUAAUUGCGUAAAUGGCUAUAUCUCUUACGCCAAAAAUAUCUCUCAUUCCUCAUCCACUAAGAUUCAACAAUGCAGAGCUUACGAUCAAGUUUGUUGUACGAUAAAAAAGGAAUUGGAAGAGGGAUUCGAAACAUCUGAAAGAAAUAUAAAAAAUAAAUCUAACAAUAUAAGUUUCGAAACGGGGCAAUCGUCCACAAACGUUCAAGCUGCGCUCGGAAAGAUAGAAAAAACCGAACCAAAUCCCAUCGGAUCUUCCGUACAAAAUAUUUUCGCAAUUCCAACUUAUGCGCAGAUCGGUUGCGCAGCUGCUCUUUUAUGCGUCGAAGAACAAUUUUGCACCAUAGACGGUACGAUCAGUUCAGAGCCCGUUACGUUAUCGGAAAAAGAAAUUCUACGACGCGUUCCAACGAGCAGUUGUCAAAAUCCCGACAACGGAAUAAUCGGUAAAUGUUGUCGAGAUCCCAAUUACACGGAUCCUUGGCCAACGGGGAAUCUUCCAGCAAAUUAUUCCGGUGGAUUCGACGAACAAGGAUUUCCAACGUUUUUGAAUAUCGCAAAAGCGAAACCAUCCACCAACUCACCACAAUCUAAAACAAGCAAAACAAUUGUAAAAUAUCAUUCCAUGGAACAACGAUCCAAAAAAAUGGAACAAAAAUUUGAACCUACCUUGGUACCAGAAAAUUCAGAUAUUUUUACCAAAACAUUAAUACCACCGAUCGUAGGUCAAAAUGAAAAAAAUGCUUUUAACGCGGUACAACGAAAAAUAAGAUGCGGCAUUAGAAAUAAGAUACGACAAGAAUCCGAAAUAGAAGAUUCGAAAACAAUUUUUGCCGAAAUUCCAUGGCAAGCAAUGGUCUUACAUUCGAAGGAAAGAAAAAUUCUCUGUUCCGGCGCUUUAAUCGGUAUUCAAGAAGUAUUAACAGCGGCUAACUGCGUCGACAGCCUCUCGCCAGAAGACGUUUCGAUAAAGUUAGGAGAAUGGAAAUUGGGAUACGAAUCGAAACGCGACGAACCAUUGCCUUUCCAAAUCAUCGACGUGUCGUCCAUCAGUAUACAUCCCGGUUACAAACAAGGACACGGAGGAUACGACCUAGCGAUCUUACAUCUCAACAGUCCCAUCAUUCUCGAUCUUCAUAUAAAUCCUUUGUGUUUACCCGAUUCAAAGUAUCUAUCACGAAACGACAGACCGUGCAUCUCAACCGGUUGGGGAAAAUCCAUCCUUCAAGCACAUUACGCCGGUGCAAUCAUGCGCGCAGUCGACAUGGACGUAUUGUCGAGGGAACGUUGCAAGGAACAAUCGCUAAGGACAAAUUUGGAAGUCAACGACGUGGAAGGAAUUAUCUGCGUUACACCUAAAAAAGAAAUUAAUAACGUUUGCGAAACGGAUAUCGGAGGUCCUCUCGCUUGUCAAAACAAAGACGGUUCUUACGAAUUGGCUGGAAUUUAUAGUCGAGAUACGGGAUGUCUUCCAACGAAUCAAAUCGCCGUGUUCGCUCCGUUAGACGUAUCAUGGUUAAAACGAGUAACGUUCGAAUCUUCAUCCGAGAAAAGAAAAACAAACUCGACGCACGACGAAGAAUCUUCUUCAAAGGAUUAUAGGAAGAGCACUUUGAUCACGGAUAAUCAAUAUCUACCUCCAAGUCGAAAAUGAAUCAAUCGAUACAUUUUAUUCGCAAAUUUAUUAUCACAAUAUUAUUAUUUAAUAUUUCGUUACUUCGUUUUAUACAAUAAUUAUUAAUAAAAUUAUCAAUCUUUUAUCACGAUCUACAUCUUCAUCGAAUC